UCCUGCUGCAAGCUUCUGCAGCCUUCUCGUGAAGGUCCCUUUUCAACAGAACCUGGGUAGGGACCGGGCUGCCUAACCAGACACCCCCAUGGCAAUCCGGGCCAGAGCCCUUUAUGAUUUCCAGAGUGAAAACAAGGAAGAGAUCAGUAUUCGAGAGAACGAGGAGCUGGUGCUGUUCAGCGAAAAGUCCCUGGACGGCUGGCUGCAGGGAACCAACUCCCGGGGGGAGACCGGCCUGUUCCCUGCCUCCUACGUGGAGAUUCUUCGCUACAGGUCCUCCUCGACCCACACAAAUUCUUCUAACAGUCCUGCUGGGUCUCCGGGAAAUGGGUCCUCCUUCUAUGUGCCCUCUUCCAGCACAAGCAUCUCGCACCAGGGCAGCUUUGAAGAUGAAGAGGACGACUGGGACGACUGGGACGAUGAGUGUACGGUGGUGGAGGAGCCCCAGAGUGGAGCAGGGACCAACGGGCAUCCGUCACCAGGCCUGUCGUGCCCCAGGCCCUGUGCUCAUCCCAAGAACGCCGGCUAUCGGGCAAAGCCAUCUUUGGAGAGGCAGGACAGCAUUGGGUCUUCCAAAAGAGGAAGCGUGGUGGGCCGGAAUCUCAACCGCUUCUCCAGCUUUGUCCGGUCUGGGGUUGAGGCCUUCAUUUUGGGAGACGUCCCCAUGAUGGCCAAGAUUGCAGAGGCCUAUUACAUAGACAUGGGCUCGAAAGGCCCGCAGUGGAGGUCCAGCCCACACCCUUUUGUCUGUUCCGUGGAAGAGCCCACCAAGCAAACUAAGUUCAAAGGCAUCAAGAGCUACAUCUCCUACCGGCUGACACCCAGCAGUGGGAAUUCGCCCGUUUACCGGCGGUACAAACACUUUGACUGGUUGUACAACCGCCUGUUGCACAAGUUCACUGUCAUCUCCGUUCCCCACCUGCCAGAGAAGCAAGCCACGGGGCGCUUUGGGGAGGACUUCAUCGAGAAGCGCAAGCGGCGGCUGAUCCUGUGGAUGGACCACAUGACCAGCCACCCCGCGCUCUCCCAGUAUGAGGGCUUUCAACACUUCCUCACCUGCGGGGACAACAAGCAGUGGAAGAUGGGGAAGCGUCGGGCAGAGAAGGAUGAGAUGGUGGGCGCGAGUUUCCUACUGACCCUCCAGAUCCCAACAGAACACCAAGACCUGCAGGACGUGGAGGACCGCGUGGACACCUUCAAGGCCUUCAGCAAGAAGAUGGACGACAGCGUGCUGCAGCUGACCAGCGUGGCUUCUGAGCUGGCCAGGAAGCAUGUUGGGGGCUUUCGCAAAGAAUUCCAAAAGCUGGGCAAUGCCUUCCAAGCCAUCAGCCAAGCCUUCCAGAUGGACCCGCCCUACAGUUUUGAUGCCCUCAACAAUGCCAUCUCACACACGGGCAAGACCUAUGAGACGGUGGGGGAAAUGUUUGCCGAGCAGCCCAAGAAUGACCUGUUCCUCAUGAUGGAUACUCUUUCCUUGUACCAAGGACUGCUUUCCAACUUCCCAGACAUCAUUCAUCUUCAGAAAGGUGCGUUUGCCAAAGUGAAGGAGAGCCAGCGGAUGAGCGACGAAGGGAAAAUGGAUCAGGAGGAGGCGGACGGGAUCCGGAAGCGCUGCCGAGUGGUGGGGUUUGCCCUGCAGGCUGAAAUGAAUCACUUCCAUGAGAGGCGCGUCUUGGACUUCAAGAAAAUGAUGCAGUCCUACAUCAGGGAGCAGAUCGUGUUCUACCGGAGAGUCAGCCAGCAGCUGGAAGACACCCUGAGGAAGUACGACAGCCUCUAGUACCCUCCCGGGGCCCGCCAGAGGUUGGCGCUCAGGAUGGUCCCCAGUGCUUCCAUGCCCUCUGCUGGGAUUAGGGAGGUCUUGCGCGGAUGGUGGACCUCCCCCGCCGCAAGGCUCAGGGGAUUGGAGGUCUCUACAUUGGCUUGUGCUCUUCAUGUUUAUAAUGCGAAACUCUGAGCAUAAAAAAGGGAAGCUGGUAACCCCGUGAUGACCAAAGCUUGUGAUGGCGUUCCCAUUCCAUCCCGUCCAUAUGCAGGGACCCAGCCAAGAAUCGUUGCACAAAAGACAUUUUGCUGAGUGAGUUUCUUUUCCUCCUUAAGAAACAAACUCCUGGCUUUCCUAGCAAGAAGGAAGUAAAAAGUAUUUGCUGUCCAAGGACAACAGGAAAUAGAACUUUUGCCCUGCCCGGCUUCCUUUUUCCACACAGGCUUGAUUUUCUGGAAAAAGUACUCUUAUUUAUCCUGCACAAUCAUACUUUCCAACCAGCCCUUCCCAUUCCCUUCCAGAAAAGGAAUGAAAUCAGGAUUGUAGAUUGGUUUGGACCCAGUUCAGCGUUUGUCUGUCGCUAUUGGGAUUAUGCGACUCAAGAGAACAGAAAGCAAAAAUUGGGAGAAGGGGAAGGAAUUAAAAGGUUGGUCCACCAAAGUGACUCUUUUUGGGAAGUCGCACAAACAGCACAAUCUCACCUCUUGGGUCUGUUAUAUAGAGUUACAGAUAGUAUGCAUGCAUUUACAGGCACCCACCCAAGUAAAUCCAGAGUUAUUUUUUUCUGUUUGAAAUCAAAAGAAUCCUUGGAAACUGCAA